UUUUUAACUGUUUACCUGCAUGACAUGAUAGAUAAAUCAGUGUGGAAUAUAAUUAUUGUUAUGAUGAAUACAGUAUGUUAUUCAUUACGUGGUGCUCAUACUGACCUCUGUGACCCUCUGACUGGUGUCUGCAUCACAGCAGCCAACAGCUGCUUUACCUGAAAACAAGAGAGAGGUUUAAACAAACAGCUGAUCACUGUUUUAAUCAGGAUUGAACAGGACUGGCGUUAAUUCACUGACUCUGAAUCCAGCAAUCAAAGGUUAUUUGAUAUAAAUAUGAAUAAUUCUGAGCUUCUUGUCGAGUCAAACGUUGAUUUAACGAUUGAACACAGAAGCCCGGCCCCGGUGCUGUGAGUCAGUCAGUAAGUGAAAGUGAAAGUUUAGAAAGUGGCUCCAGAGCGAGUUGUUUGUGUCGAAGCAGCGACAGAAGAACGCGUCCAGCUCUUUGCUCGAGGACAUCAGCGGCUCAAACCGUGUUUUACAUUUAUCUCUAUUCAAGGGACAGUAAGGCUCGUGUUCCCGGCGGCAGCAUGCCGGACACCCGGCUGUGUGUGGAGGCCCUGUCGGCUCUCUCCGGCUGUAACGUCGAGCCCACCGGCGCAGCCUCGCAGCUCUCCCCGCAGGACUUCGUCAACGUCGUGGCCCUGAAGGAGUUCUACAAGCAGCAGGGCUUCCAGGAGCUGGAGUACCCGAGUUUGGGGACUUUGUCCCUGCGGGACUUGGACGAGCAGGACCUGUACAGCUCUCCGGCGGCGCUGACCGAAGGCCCCUCCACUGCCGGGCCCGAGGAGAGCCACAGGGCCAAGAUGCGGAUCAACCCGGAGGACUUCUUCCAUCCGCAGUACGACUACGACUUCACCAACGUGAAGGACGGCGACAAAACAUUCCUGCGCGGCAACGAGCGGUACGUCCGUCCCUGCGGGUGGAACCGGGUCGCCCUGCGGGUCACGCAGCGGUACGACGGCGGGGACACCUGGCUCGGGACGGGGAAGGACGCCUGGCCCGUCUCCUACCACGGGCAGAACAUGGACGGCUCCCUCGGCAUCAUCCUGACCCACGACGGGAGCACCGACGACGAGCCAACGUUUCUGGACUUCGCCGCCGCCUCCCUGGUCACCGGGGAGACGAGGGGCAGUGGGGUGUACUCCACGCCGGACGUGGUGAUGGCGGAGAAGUACUGCAAGAAGUUCAAGUCCAAAGUGGACGGGAAGACGUACAAAGUGGUCCUCCAGAACCGCAUCAACCCGGAGAAGAGGAAGGACUGCCAGAGGGAGGGCGUCUGGUUGGUCUACGUCCCGAAAGGACACAACGACAUCCAGACAAGGGCCAUCGUGCAGGAGUCCAUCCGCCCGUAUGGCCUCCUGCUGAAGGAGGCGUGAGGAAGCUGAUCGAACCUCCUCUUCAGCGUGAUCAGGGAAUUAUCUUUUCAACCUUUCGUGUUCUUGAUUAUCAACAACAACAAAAAUGACGAAAAUAAAAGUAAAUGCUGCUGAAGAGGUCUUUAGAAGUGAAUCAAGUCCCACUUCCUGUCUGCUCGUUGGGCGGUGCGUUAAGAGAAAACCAAGGUCAGUCUUUUCUUACUUCUUAUCCAGAAUAAUGCUUCCUCUCAAAUCCAACCUUACAUCACCGACUGUGUGUACCUCAAGCUGCCUUAUUCUGAGUUUCUUGUUCAAACAAGCUCUGUAGAAAUCAAUUUAACUGUAUUUACACACAGCCGGGUUAAAGCCGAUGGGUUUAGCUGCUGGAGAACCGUUUCUUCUGUAAACGUUUAACUUAAAUCUAAGCAGCAGUUUCUUCAUGAUGUGUUCGAAUGCAAGAACAGACCGUGGGAGGAGUUUAUGCUGCCAUCUAGUGGUGAGUUUCUACGAUCUUUAUUUCUUUAAGGAAACAGAUAGUUAUGCAUGAUGAGCAAACUUUUGACAAAGUAGUGACAUUUAAUUAGUUUUAAUGUGAAGAUCAUUUGAACUAAUAAUUUAAGUGAGUUGAUCGUCGACCGUGAAGCUGCACAGAUGUUUGCUGAUGUUGCUGUGAAGUACGACGGCACUCGUCUGUUUUUCGUGGCAUCAUUGCAAGUUUAUUUUAGUUAGAACGUGUUUGUUUGUGUAUGUGUAUCCUUCAUUUUCCGUUUUUGUAGUCCAAACAUCCAAUGUGACUACAAUUCCCUACUUUGAAGGACGCACUUCUUCCUUGUAUGUCUGAUGGUUCGACUUUAAAUGUAAUAAAAUAACGUGCAA